AUGAAUGAAGAUGCACUCAUAUUCCAACAAUUCACAGAGCAACUUGAAGAGGAGGCAGAUGAAGAGUACUGGGAGAUGGGUGCUGCUUCACUCGGCGUCAUAGUGGGAGGUGCCGAGAUCUCACAUCAGUUACGGAAUGAACGACGUCGCGAAACCUGCCAAUAUCUUACCCGCCCUGAACUCCUGGAGAACCCCCGGAUUGCGACACCAUGGACCUCCCUUUACGACAGCAGGAGUGACCGUGCAUAUAUCACAACCAUGGGGUUCGAUGUUGCCACCUUCGAUUUCAUUCUCGAGUGGGGUUUUGUACAGACCUGGCUCUCAACACCCAUCCCCCGAACUGAUACCUCUCGUUCAGGAGAUCCACGACCAGGCGGCCGAUCUUUGGAUCCCCCAGGGGCCCUUGGCCUUGUCCUCCAUUAUCUCAGCUCCAUGAUGCUCGACGUCAGCUUGCAGCAAAUCUUUGCUCUCAUCCCUGCCACAGUUGUCCAGUAUCUUGACUUCUCACUUGACAUACUUCUCGAGGUCUUGCAAAGAAUGCCAGAUGCCCGUAUCAAGUGGCCGAAGGGUGGCCCAGGUGGUGAAAUCAUUGAUGCUGUUGUAAAUGCACCAGGCAGUUGGCACGAUGCUAAUGUUGCUCGUCCUAUUUUUGAACGGCUUCGCACACGAACACCACCUGGAUACUACCUCAUUGCUGACACAGCAUUUCCUCAUGGAACACAAUCCAUUGCAGGACGCAUUCGCGCCCUGCUCAAGGCUGGCCAGGCUGUGCGAGGUACGCCAGACGAGAUUGCAGAGCGAAUGGCCUAUGACCGUGAGCUUCUCUCAUAUCGGCAAACAGCCGAGUGGGGAAAUCGAGGUCUUCAAGGAGCAUUUGGUCAUCUCCGUGUUCCACUUCCCAUUGACAAUGCAGAACAUCAAGGAAAUCUCCUUGAGAUCUGCAAUCGCCUCAAUAAUCUGCGCACAAGACGAGUGGGAAUCAAUCAGAUCCGGACUGUAUACAUGCGAUACUGGCAGGACACAGCUGAGGACAUUGAUAUCUGGCAGAACUUUGAGAAUAUGCUCUUCUCAGAUCAACGAAAGAACGAUAGAGUUGCUCGCUUCCAUACUUACGCAGAAUACACAUAA